CCUCCCUGCCUGCAAGGAUUCAAGCAGCCUCUCAUUGCUCCCAGCCACUUCUCACUGCUCUGGUCCCAUCCCUGUCCCUACCCUUGUCCCUGCUCCUCAGUUUCUCUCUCUGUCUCUAGCAACAACCCUUUCCAGCCAUGGCAAUGCUGACAGCACCCCCAGCACUCACCAUCCCACCCAACACCUUCUGCUUCCAGCCCCGCUGCCUUGCCAUGGAUCGGCACCGCCUCAGCGCUGUGGAUGUGGAGCGAGUGGCACGGGAGGGGGACGUGGCUGUGCUGCAGGAGCACAUCUCCAACAUCACCUUCUGUAACAUGGAUGGAGAGCGGUGUCCCCACUGCAGGCAGCCGGCCGACCCUGUGCUGCUGACGGUGCUGAGGUUGGCCCAGCUGAGCAUUGAGUACCUGCUGCACUGCCAGCAGCACCUGGCUGAUAGCUUGGCUGUGCAUGCCCAGCACCUGCAGGAUGCCCGUGCACAGCUGGCCCAUGCCCAGGGCCUGGCAUCGGAGCAGGCAGUGAGGCUCCGGGGUGAGAAGGAAGAGAGCAGGAGGUGGAAGAAGCUGGUGGCCACCCAGCUCCUCCUUCAAGCCAGACCCAGUGGCUACUGCAAGGGUGCUGCUGGAGCAGGCAGGUCUCACCCUCGUUCACAGUGGCUCUGCUCCCCAGGCUUUGCAGAGGCCAAGAAGGUGGAGCGUAUGGAGGAGGAGGUUGAGGAGCUGAAGGCGAAACUGCAUGAGAUGCAACAGCAGCUGGCAGCAGGGAGGGAGGCAGAGAAGCUGCGCAGGGAGCAGGAAGAGAAGAGAGCUCAUCAGCGGGAAGUAGAUGACAGGAAUGAUUUUGAAAGGUGGAAGCAGGAGGAGAGGAUGAAGCUGCACGUGGAGAUGGAUGGCCUGAGGCAGCGCUUCCUCACUGAGCUGCAGGAUGCUGCCAGCAGGAGCAGUGCUAUGGAAGGGAAGCUGCAGGAGCUACAGGCCAGAGCAGCAGUGGUGUCUAGCCUGGGGACCCUGCAGGAUGAUGACUCUGAGCUGGAAAGGACAGCAGUGCAGACCAAGCUGAUGUCUGCAAAUAAGCCCAAAGUGACCCAGCAGGUGACCAGAGUGGUGGUUUCUGAAGAGCCCUCAGAAGGAUACACAGCAGAUGAUGCUCAGAGUGGGAAGAAGCGGCUGCUGGAAGCUCUGUGGAGAAAACCAAACCUCCUGAAGAAGUUUCGGUGCAUCCUGGAGGAAGCACUGGAGGAAAGGCUGGAGAGCAUGGGGAUUAGCAGGGUUGCAAAGGGGAUCUCCAUCCAGACCUACCAACACCUCCAGGCUGUGCUCAGGCUUCAGCAGCAGCAGAAGGCUAAGAACAGUCCUGGUCUCUUCCAGCUAAGGGAUGAGCUGAUCCAAGUGGUGAUGAGGAGAGUCAGGAAACUCAAGAAGCCCAGCAUUCCUUUGCCUCGACAACUCUCCAUAAUCCCAGGGACAGCUGUGUCCAUGAAAGGGAAGCCCUUGGAGAGACGUCUGGAUGUGAAAACACAGAGACCAGCCAGCGGGAUGAAAUCCCACCCCUGAGCUCAACAUCCCCCGAGCCAGCCAGCUCACCAAUAAGCUCCAGGUAUCUCACGUGAAUGGCCAUGGGGUUGUUCUUGGACAUGAUUUCCAUAUAGUUUCUUCAUACCCAUUAGCAGUACCACAAAGUAGUCCAUGUGCAAGGAGUUCAGAAUUACACCAAUGGAAACUUGGCCAUCGGCUCCUCUCCCAGUUGUUCUUAUUACAAUGAGGAUGAAGUUCUGGGCCCUCAACAAACAAAGUGAAAAAAGAAGCAUGAGAUUUACAAGACACGGAAAUAGAAAAAAGAUCUUCUGUGGGGCAUCCUGAUGCUGCUGGGUUUUGCCAUCUUUGCAAACAUGAGUUGAGCAUCCAGCCCUGCUGCUCCCCUUUACCCUCCCUGUGCCCAUCUUGCAGGUGUCUGCAGUGACCCAGGAGCCUCCCUGGAGGACCUGACCAUCAGUCCCAGUGGCUGGUGACACACAAGGGACCAACACCUUGGUUACCAUUCAGCCAAGCACCGUGCAAAGGAACACUUAGUGCUAAUGAGGAAAUGGGAGUCCUCUGCCAACAGCCACUGGAUGGUGCCACAAGACCACGAACGAGCUGCAAACAGCAUCCUACAGUUCCAGCAUCCUUCAGAGCCCCACCUGCAGUCCCUCCUCCCCUUCUUGAAUCAGUAUGAACCACGACCCAAUGGAUGACAAUUUGCACAUACACAACACUGAGCGAGGCUGGCUCUGCUUGUAAUGCCCACCAGGAGAAAUGAAGCAAGUUUCCCAAAUUUUGUACUUUUCUAGCAUUCUUGCUUUUUCAUUGUUUGAAAAAUACACUUUCUCAGCUGCUCUUCUGUUUUCCAGCACAUUCCACCUUCAGCUCAAACAUAUAUAAUUUCCUAUUACUAGCUGCAAACAUUUGCAAGCGCAUUUAAAUGGCAGGGAUAAGGAAGCCCAGCUGGGCUGAGCAGAACAGGGUGAAUUCGUUUAAGUUCAUCAAAUUGCAAAAGUGCCUGCUAGAUAACAGCCUGCUCCAACACACAAAAACACUCCACACAUUUUGUGAGUCCACGUGUCCCCAGGGAUGCAUGCACCCAGCUGCAUGCCUAUGCACUCCCAUACAGUCAGUCUGUGGCUGCAUACAUUUAGAGGGAAACGUUCCCAUUUUAACCCUUCAAGUUGAAAUAAGAGCAGUACCUGGUUUGUAUUAUUUGUUACAAUGCUAUUGCCAGAUGUGUUAUUUCAUGGGUUGUUUAACAAAUGGUUUUCUUUUGGGUGAGCGUUGAUUGUACUGAGAGCUGCUUUUAAUGAAUUAAAAUCAAGAUGUGAUGUUUUCACCUCAUUCAGAGAAAUGGGAUUGGUGUCUCAGAGGAAGAAAUGAGCCUUUUAUUUUGCUGGGAAAUAGCUGCAGGUUGGGUGAAACUUUGCUCCCAUGCAAGGGUUGGUAGGAAAACUGGCCCACGUACUCACGGGUUGUGCUGAUGUCAUUCAGAACUGAUGGAGAAAGUUAUUUUCUGCCCCAGAGAGCAAGCAGAAGGA